AGUUGGGGGGGCAUCCUUCGAGGAACCGCCCAAAGCAGCAUCGUCAUCUUUCAUUUUCCCCAAAAUCCCCUCCCACCUCCUCGGGAACGGAGCUGAUUCCACCCCCUCUCUCUCUCCUCCCGGCAGCUUCAUCUUCAUCGCCGCCGCCGCCGCCGUCGUCGCCGCCGUCGUGUGAACAAUCGGGACGAAGACCAACCCUACGACUGCUGCUGCUACAACUAGCAGCAGCAGGUGAGAGCUUCAAAUGAGUGGCAGCAGCAGCACCGGCAAUUCGCCGCCCCCGCCGCCCCCGGCGCCGCCGCCGCCGCCGGAGGAUGCUUGGGUCGGCACUUACCGGAGAUUGCAACCGCAGUGGCAAUCCUUCAACGCGUACCACGAGGCAUUGAUUCCAAUUUCCAUAUCGCGAGUUAAUCAAUUUGAUGCGGCAAGACUCGAUGUCGAGAUGUCAGCGAUGUUGAAAGAACAGUUGGUGAAAGUCUUCUCCUUGAUGAAGCCAGGAAUGUUAUUUCAAUAUGAACCGGAACUUGAUGCUUUUCUUGAAUUCCUUAUAUGGAGAUUCUCCAUUUGGGUAGAUAAGCCCACUCCUGGAAUUGCCUUGAUGAAUUUGAGAUAUCGAGAUGAACGUGCAUCCGAAGCAAGAGCAAAGUUGAGAACAGGCUUGGAAGGACCUGGCCUUACUGUUGCUCAGAAGAUUUGGUAUUGCAUUGCCAGUGUUGGUGGUCAAUAUAUCUGGGCCCGCUUACAGUCAUUCUCUGCUUUUCGUAGAUGGGGUGAUUCUGAGCAGAGGUCAUUGUUGCGGUGGGCAUGGGUUUUGGUACAACGUGUGGAAGGAAUUUAUAAAGCUGCCUCAUUUGGCAACCUACUAAUAUUUCUUUACACUGGAAGGUAUAGGACUCUUAUUGAAAGAGCUUUGAAAGCAAGGCUUGUCUAUGGUAACCCAAACAUGAACCGGGCCGUAAGCUUUGAGUACAUGAACCGCCAACUAGUCUGGAAUGAAUUUUCGGAAAUGUUGCUAUUGCUUCUUCCUCUUUUGAAUUCCUCAACUGUAAAAAAUUUCCUCCGCCCAUUUUCAAAGGACAAGGAUGCAGACUCUGCAGGGGAUGACUCUGCAUGCCCCAUUUGCCAAAAUAGCCCAAGCAUUCCCUUUCUCGCUCUCCCAUGUCAGCACAGGUACUGUUACUACUGUCUGAGAACUCGAUGUGCAGCCACUCCUUCGUUCCGAUGUUCCCGAUGCGGUGAAGUGGUCGUCGCGAUGCAACGGUUCAGUGAAUCAGUUGGAAGUACAAGCUCCGGAAAAUGAUUAAUCUGGCGGGAGCAAGGGAGCAUUGCAGCAGCUUUAACCGAUGCAUUGAAGAAUGCGUCGUUUGGGAACCAUGAAGUGCCCCACAUUGUAAGGGAAACCAUUUUUAACCUUCUUCUGGAUGUGCAAAGAGAGGGAAAAGUGGAGGGUUCUUCUUUUUCCUUGGUGGUUUUAAUUGGUUUUACUAGGGAUUAGUCCAGAUUGGAGGCGGGAGUGGGUAGAUGAUCUGUUACAGUAGUUCCUGUCCAUGAAUUCUGGAAAUCCAGGGUUGGCCAAAGAGAAAUACCCGAUACGAUUGUAUUUGGCAGCAGAUAUAGAAUUCUCAAAUCAAAUAAAGAUGCUAAUUCUUGAUUGCACGGUCAAAGAAAA